CACCAACUGUCCUCCUCCCACCAGCCCUCAAGUCCACCCAGGUGCCCUUAUUCCCCCAGCACCCACCUACAGACAUCGCCCGCGCAGACCCCCACCCACUCCAGCUUCCACACCUUCAAUCGCCAGCCUGACUGAACUCACAACCCCGAUUCAGAAUGACCGCCCUCUUCAACUUCCAAUCCCUCAUCCUCGUCAUCCUCCUCACAAUCUGCACCUCCACCUACGCCCACUACUAUUUCCCGGCCUUCAUAGACCGCAACAAGAAUAACUACUUCAUGGGCGUCUUCUGGAAGUGCGCGCGCGUCGGCGAGCGCAUGAGUCCGUAUAUCGCGCUUGGUUUGGUCGUCAUGGCGAUGAUGGAGUUCUGGGGAUAGGUGGGGACGCAUCGAGGAGGGGGAUGGUGGCACGGUGAGGGAGCCGGGGCUCACUUGCAUAGGUCAGGGCAUUGAGUUUCGACAGGAA